GCGUGGUUUGCGUAUUUUACGAGAUCAUCUAAAGCCUUAACGUUUUGCCACGUGACUCGGACGAGAUUUGUAAACAGCCGAAUCGUGAGGCAUAUUGUGAAAAAACUUCAAGCCAAACUUGCCGCAGCAUAUGUAGAAUGGUUUUAUUCACAGACUGCUAACAAAAUACAACAAAAAAUGAUCAUAGAAGAAAUUGAGAAACUCAAAGAAUGGCUCACCAACUCAUUGGCACCAAUAUGCGAGGCUGAUCCAGGUGCCCUUGCCAAGUAUGUGGUAGCUCUUGUUAAGAAGGAUAAACCUCGCGAUGAACUCAAGGAUUGCUGCCUGGGACAGUUGGAAGUCUUUUUACAAACAAACACAGAGAACUUUGUGGAGAGCUUGUUUGAAGUGCUUGACAGUAAGUCCUACAUUCCCAUUGCCACUGAGACGACCCCAACCCAGGACGAGAUCAGUCCCACUGACCCAGACCAUGUGGCGACUCCUGAGAUUACCGGCCGGGCUGAACUUCCAGACUCAGGGCUCCCAACUUCCGAGCACCAGGUGUCGUCUACGUCCAAGUCUGAGAUCGUCCGGCAGGAUGAGGAACUUAAAGAAGCUUUCCCAAUUGGUGAGAAAAGGCGCAGAUCACGCUCAAGGAGUAGGUCAUUGUCGCCAAGAGGCUCACAGUCAAGAGAGCGUAAAUUUGAUGAAAGGCGACUGGGUUACAGUAGAGCCUACCAGCCACGCCGGCGAUCAACAAGCCCCAGAGGCCCCCAAAACAGAGGCCCAAGGCCACGUUCGCCAUACAGGAGAAGGUCCCCCUAUAGACCAAUAAGACGUUCUAGUCGCAGCCCUCUGCCCAGGGGUCGAGGGAGGGGUAGAUCGAGGUCACGCAGCUGGUCUCGCUCCCCUAGAAGGUCACCAAGGUUGUCCAGAAGUAGGUCUCGGUCACCUGGAGGCAGAUUUAAAUCUAGGUCAAGGUCACCAGGUGGAAGAUUCAGGUCACGGUCACCAAGACGUGCGAGGUCACCACGAGGUCGUUCCCCUCUCCGGCAUUCUGUGUCUCCAAGAUUCCGGUCACGGUCACCAAGAGUUCGGUCACCGGGCAGAAGUCUUUCUGCUUCACCGAGACGGUCUAGAUCAGUUUCACCACUCAGAAAAGUGCGUCGACAGAGUGCUGACAGCAGAGGUCCUACCCCCACACAGGAGAAUGGUUUGCUGGACAGUGCAGCGGGUCCCCCUGAUCCUCAGAGCUCUAUCUCGGUGGUAUCGCACGGUACAGCUCGGUAUGGGGAACCAUUGGCCAAGGGUCUAACCCGCUGCAGAGACUAUGACGAGAAGGGGUUCUGUGUCCGCGGUGACCUGUGUCCAUUUGACCAUGGUUCAGAUCCAGUGAUUGUGGAGAGCGUUGCUCAGUACCCGCCCCCCGGUCCUCCACCCAUGAUGGGGGGCCCACCUCCUCCCCCGGGCCACAUCAACGUGGGACUCCCACCCCCGGGCUUCUUUACUAACAGACCUCCAGUACCGCAUAUACAUGUCAGGCCUGAUUUCUAUCAAGAGCCCUAUAAUCCAGAAGCCCCUGCCAUCUCCCGCCCUGUCCCCCCUCCGUACUGGCCCGGGGCCCCAGACGUUAUCCCCCCGUUCAUGAAGAACAUGCCACCCCCACCUAUCCAGCGUACCGACGAACAGCAGCGACUACCAGUCCAUGCUCGACUGGGCAACAGGGAACUCAUUAAUCUCACUGUGAAACGAGAGGUCAAAGAAGAGGAGGAGGAAGAGGAGGUACCCAGCUCUUCUACAAGGACUGUGAUUGCCCCUAAGGAGGAGCCCCUGCAGAUUGUUAGCUCCGCCCAGCCCCAUCCCCCUGGCAUCACGGCCCCACCCCUUGCCCUCCCAGCCCCUGGGGUCAUGCAGUCACACGCUGGCUUCACCCAGCAAAACCGAUUUCAUCCGUACCAGCGAUUUCCAGGACCGAGGAAGCCAUUUGACUUCAAUAGGGUUGGAGGUUAUCGCCGGCCAGACCAGACAAACUGUACACUAGAAGUGCGAAAGAUACCAAAGGAGUUCAACAAUAUUGCUAAGCUCAAUGAGCAUUUUGCAAGAUUUGGAACUCUCACCAAUAUACAGGUGAUGUUUGAGGGCGACCCUGAAGCUGCCUUGGUCUCCUAUAGCAACAACGUGGAGGCUCUGGCCUGCUACAAGUGCAGCGAACCCGUGUUCAACAACAGAUUCAUCAAGGUGUUCUGGCACCAGAAGAAAGACAAUUCUAGUCAGGAACAGUCCCCAGUGUCUACCACGAGUGUGUCCAGUGGCAGUGGGGAGGAGCCAGUGGGGGAGAUGAAGCGGCACGUUGUGAUACCCCCGCCCUCCAAGAUGUCCCUCAACAACAAUCUCACCAAGAAAUCCACGCCAGAUCCUGCAGCACACGGCGCGGAGACUGAUACAAAACUGGAAAAUGAUGCAGUGUACACGUCCUCAGUUGGUACAGUGGCCAAGCAGACCCCGUACGUGCCUGCCGCUCUAAAGGCUAAACCUGUGGCCUCCCAGGGGUUUGUGAGUCCUACCGCGGUGGGGGCAGCCAACUUUGUGUCUCGCAUGGAGAAGGUCAAACAGAUUGAGGCCAUGAAAACAGAGGCAGCAUUGAAGAAGCUUGAAUUGGCCAAACAUAAACAGGACUUGCUAGAGAAACAGAUAGAGCAACAAAAGAAACUGAUAACUGCAUUGGAAAAGAAAGACCUCACAGAUGCAAACAAAAAAACAAUUAUGGAGACCCUGAAAACGUUAACAAACAGCAUAGACAAGCUGCGCGUGGAGCUGGGCGGGACGCUGGCCCUUGUGAAGUCCCCUGAGCAGGCCAAGCGAGAGAUCCUUGACGUGGAGCUCGAACUGAUGACCAAGUCAUCCAGCGGUGAGGACACGGCCCAGCUCAAGAGAAAGCUGGAGGAGCUCACACAAGUGGCAAACUCCAUGGGUUUGAUUGGCCGUGGUAGAGGUCGUGGUGCUGUGGCGAGGGGUCGGGCCACCAAGUGGGUGGCCAGUGGAGUGUCUAGUGUGCCCAGCGUGGGGCUACCUGGGAGGGGCAGGGGCCGAGGACUGUUUGGGCGGGGCGCCGUGGCGGUACGCACCCUGGACAGGAGGCCCAAAGUGCUUGAAGUCACUGGCUGGGAGACUGAAGAGAAACAGGAGCUCACAACCCACCUCAAUAGCCUGCGAUCAGUGGAGAAGGUGGAAGUGGGGGAGGAGUCGACAUGUGCAAUAGUAACCUUCAAAACACGCAGGGAUGCAGAAAUGGGCAUACUGCAUGGCAGCAAGUUCAAGAAUAAGACACUGAAGAUGGUGUGGCAUAUUCCCAAGCCUGACUUCUCUCGCAGCAUCAGCAGCACUUCUGCGGACACGGAUGAUCAGGAGGAGAUUGAUGAGGAGGCUCUGCUAGGAGGUGGAGACGAUGAUGAAGAUGAGGACAGCAACGAAGACCGCGCCUGGAGGCACCGCACAUCACCAUAUGAGAAGAUGGCGACCGAAGUGAAUGCAAGACUCAACAAGCAACCAACUAUAGCAUUUACUUUACCUAUCGCGUGUCAAAUAUGUUUGGGGAAGGUGAAGAACCCAGUAUUGUGUCCAAACCAGCAUGUAUUUUGUGGGCCAUGCAUGGAGGUAUGGCUUCAAAAGAAUCAGCAGUGUCCAGCUUGUAGGACCUCCAUGACCAGCAGUCGUAAGAUCAUAGGUGGCCUGAGUCAUGAGGAAGAAGACACAGAGAAGCUUACCAAUCCAGAUCUCCGUAAAGCAAGAUUUGACAUUCUCUACAAAGAGUAUGAGAAUGAAUUUGAAAGAAUGCAGUCAGAGAUUCAGCUGCUAAAAACAGAAAAUCAAAUUCUACGCCAACAGACAAAGAAAGAGGGUCUCACUCCAAGCAGCAGGUCGGGUGAUGCUGAAUCCAACAAGAGCAAAGAUACCACCCAUCUUCUGGCGCUCACUAAGAAACUGCAGGAUGCAACCAAAGUCUAUGAGAAAGUCAAGGGAGACCUCACCAGACUGAAACAGGAGAACACCAACCUGAAGGAUGAGAACCUGAGCCUGAACAGAGAGACCCAGCACCUGAGACAGGAGCUUGCAGGCCGCUCACCUCAGAGAUUCGGUCGUAUAACAGUUUCAACAUUGGAGACCAAGCUUGCGAGUGCAGAAAAGGAUGUGACCAGGUUGACCAAAGCCCUGGAAAGGUCUGACAAGUAUAUCGAGGAACUGGAAUCGGAAUUGGACGGAUACCGGGGCGGGAAACCAGGGGCCACCAAAAGGCCCAGUCCUGCCUCGGAAAAAGAGGAUAUUGAUAAAUACAUGACAAAUGGGGAUCUUGACAGAAAGUAUUACUCAGAUUCAAAAAUUCCAUCCACAAAGGACUAUGGGAUUGGUGCAGAAAAUCCGUCCAGACGACAGUUGUUCUCAGAAGACAAGGGCAGUAAACCUUCCGCAGGUGAGAGAUCUAAAUAUAGCUAUGAACGCAAUGGUGUAUAUAGCGAUGACAUGCAUGCAACUAAGUCACACAUUUCAAAAUCUUAUGGGUCGAACGGAGGGAAAAAGAAAGUGACUUUUGACCUUGAGAAAAACACCAAUUCCGCAACAUCAUUUGACCUUGAGCUGCCUAGUCCUUUAAAAAUGUCUGCAAAUGCAAGUGGUCUGGCUGCCAGCGGCCGUGUUUCCCCUGUGAAAGGAGUUUUGAAGAAGUCAAACGAAGCAACCAAAACCUCUUCAGGUGACAAAUCUACCGAUUACUCGACUGACUUGUCAAAGACUUUGGAAGAUUCCCUGUCCGACAGCUACAAUUCCAAAUACAAACCCCUCUCUUCGAAGGACGAUGAUUUGCUUUACAUGAAGGGAAGAGAGAAGUCUAAAGAAUUUGAAGGUGAUUUGAACAAUAAUCCAAGAAGUCGAAAGUACAGUGCUGAUGACAGUUUCCUCAGUGAGCCAAGUGACAUUGAAUUGAAGCGGGCAAGGGAAAAAGAUUAUAGUUUAAAACCGUCAAGUGGUGAACAGAAAACUAACAUUAGAGAGAGGGAUUAUCAGUCUAAAGGAUCCAAGGGCUUGUAUGAUGAACUUGACAGACAUGAUCUAGAUGACACUCAGUAUAUCGAGAGCGAAUUGGACGAAUUGAACAUUUCACUAACACCAGAAUUCACAGACUGCAUGAAAAUUCUAAAUCGUGCUGAAAAGAAUGUCCACACACGUGCUUACUCUCCGGAUGACCUGACCAGGCCUCGAUCCACUGACCCUGAUAUGGACACUGCCUUUAGGGCAUCAACUGGCAGUAUUGGCUUCAAGUCGAGCUCUUCUGGAACAACCAGCGGGAAUUUCAUGUCCUCCGAUUAUAAAACGGAUGCGAACACUAACAAAUUUGCCUCAUCUCUGGAUUCCUAUUCGAGAGGCAGGCACGUGCGUUCGGGGUCCCUCGACAACUUGCUUAUUGAUCACACAAGUGAAAAGGAGCCCUAUAGACCCAGCAGUGCAAUGUCGGCCACAUCUAGCAUGUACCCACCUACAAGCACGAGCAAAUAUUCCAGCGGGUUAACCACGGGACGGACAACGCUUACAAGAACACCAUCCCUGGAUAACUUGCUGCUAGCUAGGCAAUCGUCUGGGCAUUUUAACAAGUACACCUCAGUCGACGGCCCUGCUGCUACCUCUGGAUUCCUUGGUCAGCGGAUCUACCGUGGUGAGACAGACUCUUUAGAUGUGAAGUCUUCUAGCACUGGUGCUGGCUCCUCUACUGCUCUGCAGCCUAUGAGUGCCAAACACGAGCUCCUCAGCAUGCACGAAACCAACAUGGAUAAGUUUUCAGGCACCACACUGGGUGACGGUCAAGCGCGCUAUUCCUCAGGCGAUGCAGGUUCUGGUGUUGGUGCCAGGUCCCUGCCAGUGUCCGAUGUGAACAGAAGGUUGCCUCCAUCAGGCAGGCAGACUCCUACUCUCUCCAGCACGGGCACGGAUUAUGAUAGACUCUCCACUGGCUCUGGUAGAAUCACCCCGUCCAUUCCCACCCACUCAGAGUACAUGUCACUUUCUAGGCACAAUCCUGAGACGUACACUAGCUCUGGUCGUUCCACAACUUUACUGAGCUCUCUCACAGACUUCAGCAGCACCAAACCUAGCACACAAAUGUCUGAGUUUAGACCCUCUGGAUAUUCCUCGUUGCCGUCCAGUUCAUCUCUUAAGCAGCCCAUAGGUGGUCGGUCGGAUGCAUAUUCAUCUUCUGCCUCUUACUCUGGCCUUACUAACCUGUCCACUAAUGCUUACACAGGUGGUAGUUAUCACAGCUUGCCCACUUACACAAGUGCACUGUCUACUGGUAGCGUAGUAUCAACGACAAUGAGUAGUAGCUAUAAUGCUAACUUGGACACCAAGUAUGCGAGUGUUGGAAGUAGAGCUAGUGAUUUCACUUCUGAUAAAACUGAUUCUUACACAAACUUCAGAUCUAAACCUCCGUAUACUGAAAACAAUUAUAAAGAUGGUAGUGAUCUUUCGAACUUUUCUUCUAAAGCUCUGGCUAGUACUUUUGCUCCAUCCGUCUCCUCCAUUUCAGCCAAUGCGUUCUCCACUGCAGGAAUGUCAUCAUUUGCAGGGGCAUCGUCCUACCUCCCAUCCUCCUCCUCAUCAUCAUCAUCUUAUGUUCCCGGAUCAUCAUACGCCUCAACCCACGGCAUGGCUCCAUCUCUUUCCACAUCGUCCUACUCCGCUAGUCUCCCGACUAGCACAUACCCGUCCAAACCGCUUGACCCAAUAGCCGAGUCCGGCCAUUAUAGCUAUGUGUCAAAUAUUUCCGGAGAGUUUUCCUCAAAGAACGACACCUUGGGUCUGCCAGAACCGAAGAAAAGACUGUUUGAUAACUCUGACGAUCUUGAGAUGUCUAUGAGUCCCAUAAAAGCUAACAGAAGAUAUUAGUCUAAUGUGUGAAACUUUUCCAAUUUUUCAAAUAACAUGCUUACAGGCAUUAACAUUUGCUUGCCGUUUGUUUUUAAGUUUUUAUGUAGGUACCACUGAAAAUCAAAUAACACUGUGUUUUCAUAGCCGUUGAAUGUCUUUCGUGCAGAAUUGUUUGAGACUAACAUUUACUAGAUGACAACCAUUUGGACCAUUAAUGUUCUGUGUUCAUAUGCAAGGCAAACAGCUGGUUUGUCAUUUUUAUUCAAACAGAAGCUUAGUGAAGAAGUAAAACAUGUUAAUGUAUAUAUUUUAAUAUGAAACAACGAUUUCAUUAGUUUUCCUGCAUUUAUUUGUCUAUCAACCAUUCAAUGUACAUGUAUAUAGUUGUAUUUUUAGUUUCUCGUAUUUGGACUUGUUUUUAAAUGUUGUAUCAUUUAUUUAUUGCUCCAUUUUAAUUCUGCAUUUAUUUAUUUUCUCAUCAAGUUUCUAUUUUUAUAUAUUGCUAGUUGUAAUAAGGGGCCCUAUAGAUUUAGCUAAAUCAGAAUGUUUAGCGUGGCCCUCCUUUUGUAUGCCCCUCCCUUUUAAAUUAUACACAUGUCCCAUCAUUUUUUGUCUCUCUUUCAUUUGUCCAUAUUUGUCCAUGUUCUGGAAAAUACAGACAUACCCAAUGUGUUUGUAUAGGCUAUUGAUGAGUAACACUCACACUAUUACUUGGUAUAAGCAUCUUAUUAUUUAUAAUAAGGAACAUACCUCAUGGAAUAUAUGUUGAAUGGAUGCUUUAAUUGAAGUACUUAUACUUAUGGGCCGGAGGCCUUUAUUUACUAAAUAAACUGUUCUGUUCACUAAUAUGGAAAUAGCACAAUAAGUUAAUAACAAUGUACACAGUUUGCCAUAUAACGGUUAUUAAGUGUUGCCCGGCUCUUUUUUAGUCUCACCCUUUUUUUUGACUGGCUAAAUCUCUACACCCCUUGAAUUGGGUGGAAUGUAAUUUUUGCAGAUUUAUAUUGACAUGUGAUUGCCUUUUACUGUGUAAUAUUCCAACUAUAAAUAGGAGGAAUUACUGUACUAUAUAUUGUCACCAUGUUUUGUUUAAUUUUUUUAGCUAACUAUUCACAAAAAAGUCUGACCUAUACUACUCA